AAUUAAUUGUUUGCAUGCUUGUAAAUUGUAAAAAAAAUUCAUUUAUCGUUCAACGAAAUUUUUUUUGGCAUUGAUCAAGUUUUUACAAUUUGAACAGUUUUAUAAUCAUAUUCACUAAUCAAUCAUGGCAGCAUCGAAUGGACAACAGAUCAGUAUUGAACAAUUGACCAAUUGUUUGAUUCAAACAUUAUCGGCCGAUUUGAAUGUUCGUAAACCGGCAGAAAAUUUUAUUGAAUCCUGUUCAAAUAAACCUGGUUAUAGCCAGCAUUUACUUCAAUUGAUUCAACGUCCUGAUAUUGAUCCAACUGUCAAACUUUGUGCGGCUAUUGCCUUCAAGAAUUUCAUCAAAAAAUAUUGGACUGUUGAUGAUGAUAUUGACGCGAUCAACGCAAAUGAUCGAAUAUAUUGUAAAAAUAUAAUCAUUGAUCUAAUGUUAAACAGUGAUAAAAAGAUACAAAAACAAUUGAGCGAAGCUGUUAGUUUGAUUGGUAAAGCUGAUUUUCCCGAAAAAUGGCCAAAUCUCCUUGAAAAUAUGAUGGUCAAAUUGAAUGAAAGUUGUCAGCAGUAUAAUUUCAAUAUUAUCACCGGUAUUCUUCAAACAGUAGAUUCUUUAUUCAAACGAUAUCAAUAUGAAGCUAAAUCAGAAAAAUUAUGGCAAGAAAUAAAAUUUGUUCUCGAUACGUUUGCCAAAACAUUUACUGAACUUUUCGUUUGGAUUGUCAAAUUGAUUCCCGAGCAUCUUAAUAAUGUACAAAACAUACAAGUGAUAAUACAAUCGUUAGUAUUUUGUUCGGAAAUAUUCUACAGUUUGAAUUCACAAGAUUUAGCCGAAUUUUUCGAAGAUAAUAUGAAUGUAUGGAUGACACAUUUCAUUCAAUUAUUUCAGUUGAAUUCUAAAACUUUGGUAACGGAUAGUGAUGAUGAAAUGGGAGUUCUUGAACAACUCAAAAGUCAAAUCUGUGAAAAUAUUACGAUGUUUGCCGAAAAAUAUAAUGAAGAAUUUGAUCCAUAUCUACCGGGAUUCAUUAGUCAAGUGUGGACAUUAUUAGAUUCUUUAGAUACUAAAGCCAAAUACGAUAUAUUAGUUUCAAAUGCUAUACGAUUUUUAUGUAUUGUUGCUGAUCGUGGCUUGCAUAAAGAAAUCUUCGAAAAAGAACAAAUCUUGCAGCAAUUGUGCUCAAGAGUGAUUAUACCAAAUAUGCGAUUCCGUGAAUCGGAUGAAGAAUUGUUUGAAGAUAAUCCCGAAGAAUAUAUACGUCGUGAUGUCGAAGGUGCCGAUAUACAAACUCGUCGUCGCGCUGCUUGUGAUCUAGUAAAGGCAUUGUCAAAACAUUUUGAAAAAAUUAUGACCGAAGUAUUCAGUAAAUAUAUUGAAACAAUGCUGAUGAAUUAUUCCCAAAAUCCUCAACAAAAUUGGAAAAGUAAAAAUGCAGCCAUUUAUCUGAUCACAUCUUUAGUGGUCAAAGGCGGUUCAGUUCGAUUGGGCACCACAAGCACAUCAGAUUUGAUCAAUAUUUCUAGUUUUUUCAAUAAUGUUAUUCGUACUGAUCUUGAACGUCCGGAUAUAAAUGAAAUGCCUGUUCUUAAAGCUGACGCUCUAAAAUACAUAAUCAUCUUUAGAAAUCAAUUGCCUGUUCAUGAAAUUCUCUUGGCUAUGAUGCCUCAUAUUAUUCGUCAUUUAUCAUCUCCUAUUGUUGUCAUUCAUAGUUAUUCGGCGAUCUGUAUUGAAAAAAUUGCUACACUUCGCGAUCCGAACAAUCUGUCUUCACCUUUGAUCAAGCCAGAAAAUAUUAGUCAACUUUCUCUUCAACUUCUCGAAGGUUUAUUUGGUGUUUGGCAAUUUCCCGGUUCACAGGAAAAUGAAUAUUCCAUCAAAGCUAUUUUACGAAUAUUCAGUCUGCUUCGUGAACAACUGUUGCCUUAUUUCAAUGUUUUAUUACCCAAAUUGACCGAAAAAGUUGCCCAAGUGGCCAAGAAUCCAUCCAAACCGAAUUUUAACCAUUAUUUGUUCGAAACACUCAGCAUUUCCAUACGAAUCGCUUGUUCAAAAAGCGCAGCUUCAGUUCAUAGCUUUGAAAAUGUUUUAUUUCCUAUCUUUCAAACGAUACUUGUUCAAGAUAUUCAAGAAUUUACUCCAUAUGUUUUUCAAAUUUUGGCUUUAUUACUAGAAAAUUAUGGAACAACAGAACCGGUACCAGAGCCAUAUAUGGAAUUAUUUCCUUUUCUUCUUGUCCCAUUGCUUUGGGAACGACCAGCAAAUUAUGGACCGUUAACUCGUUUAAUUCAAUCAUUUGUAAAAUGUUGUUCAAACGAAAUUAUCAAAAUUGGAAAAUUGGAACCGUUAUUGGGUGUAUUUCAGAAGCUAAUUUCAUCCAAAUCAAAUGAUCAUUUUGCAUUUAAAAUUGUCGACAAUUUGAUCAUAUUCGCUGAUUCAGCGGCAAUCAUGCCAUUGAUGAAACAAGUGUUUUUUAUUCUGUUCCAACGAUUAACCCAUGCUAAAACAACCAAAUAUGUUCGUUCGUUGUUGAAGUUUUUCAGUUUGUUCGUACACAAGUUUGGUGCCAAAAUUUUCUACGAAUUGGUCGAAUCAUUACAAAGCAAAUUGUUCCGUAUGGUGUUGGAAAAAUUGUUUAUUGCUGACGCUCAAAAAGUAACAGGUGUUAUUGAUCGAAAGACAGUAUGCAUUGGAAUGACGGAUAUAUUGACCGAUUUAGAUAGAUUCUUUUCGACAACCGAUGAUCUAAUUACACUAUGGGCUCCACUAUUACAAUGUUUGAUUGCUGUUUUUGAAUUACCGCAAGAUAAAACUGACCAAGUUGAAGAUCAUUUUGUAGAAAUCGAAGAAAUGAAUGUUGGUUAUCAGGCAUCAUAUUCGCGUUUAGUUUUUGCCACUAAUCAGGAAUUGGAUUUGAUCGCAGAUAUUGGACAGCCUAAAUUAUAUCUAGCACAAAAGCUUCAUCAGCUCUCAACUCGUUAUCCAGGGAAAAUAUCCACUUUGAUUUCAUCAAUGUCACCGGAUGCUGCAAAAUUUUUACAAAAUUAUUUCAUCCUAGCCAAUGUUAGCAUUUCAUAAAUAUCAUCAUCAUAAUCAAUAGUAACAAUUUAUAUGAGAAAUUGUCAUCAUCACUUUAAAAAUAUACUCC